AUGUGGCAGAUUCAGCUCAACAUUUAUCCGAAUACUCAUGUUGAAUUACCGAAAUGGAUCAAAAGAGGAACCAACAGACAACAGACUGUGCCAUUUUGUCCAUGGGGAGGAGAAAUAGAUGGAUUAACCUUGGAUAACACUUGUACUGUCGAUAACCAUUUGUAUAUGAUAUAUCUCAUACUGAUAGAUGAACAAUUUAAAGCUGUCAAAGAAUGGUUACAUUCACAAUGUAAAGAAAAUCCAGUCGCUUCUGUAUUGCUACGUGUAUCAAAACUAUUUGAAAAGACGAAAUGGGCGGAAGGGAAGUUGAUUUCGAUAAGAGAAACGAAUCCUGAAGCCAUAGAUUCUGAAAUGGGUAAUGUGAACCUGUUUGGCAGCGAAUAUGAUUUUUUCGUUGGACAUUACAGUACUCUUCAGCAGAGUGUCACGGAGAGUGUUUGUAGUAAUGAUAACUGCCCGGAAAGAGGGAUUGAGCGGAAAUAUACAGAAAUAGUACUGCAUGACUCCGACACGAGAACCAUUCAGGGAGCAAUAGAUGAAUGGCAGAACAACAAUAUGGAUAUGGUCAGGUGUAGAAAGAAAGACCCCGUUUCCAAAAGGUCCUGCAAAGGGUACCGAAAUUGGACAAGAAUGCGAUUCACCAACAGUAACAUUCCCAAGUUAGUUAUAGCUAAUAUAGAGAACAUCAUAGACGAAGUUAGUGUUGGAGAAGAAGUUGUCAUAAACGAUACCAGGUACAGUGUGUAUGCUAUAACGUUUGGAAAUGGGUCACAUUUUAUAGCCGUAUUCAACAAAAAAUGGAUCCCAGCAGAUUGGUUACAGAAGUUCAAAUUUAUCGGUACCCAUCCAGUUGUACAAGAGUAUAACCAGUCAAGCAACCUUCCACACAAUGAUACAAAACAACUCAAAGUUUUCGACAUAAAAUGGGCCAGGCAGCAGACACCUUCAACUUCCUGUUCCGACGACCUUCCGAUCGCGAUAGAAUACCCAGUGUUUCAAAUGCUCAAAACUGGUCCAGAGGCAUUCCUGCUCUCCUGGCAAGGAACCGGAAAUGAUUGUUCGAGUUGUCAGGUCGCAAAAACGCUUGUGCAAGACCUUGUUAAAAGAGACUUUUUGCAAGAAGAGAGAAUGCGUUACAUGAAACUGAAAAUGAAUGCAAUGUCGGAACUAAAAUCAAAAUUUGAGGAGAACGACAGAGUUAGAUGUGUUGGUUUACUGGACUUGGCGCUCAGUCAAGUUCAAGAUGAUAACAAGUCUCUACGAAAACGUGUAGAAAACCUAGAGGGACUGCUGUUCGAGGCUCGAUCCCGGCUCAGGGAAAAAUCACAAACCGGAAGUAUUGUGACGAAAGUAUCAGACGACAGAUACGGAACUUGGAUUGUCAAAGAUCCAAAACGCAUAGCACGCAUAAAGAAAAUUGUAGGCAGACAGAGUAGGACGAUACAUUUGUUACAUAUGUGUAACGAAACCAAACAGGUACAGCUCAAUGGGCUACAGGAAGAGAACAAACGAUUGAGAAAACUUGUCCAGAAUGCCUUUAAAACCAGUGACAAAUUCCGGGAACUUUCAGAAGAGUUGAAUCGCCGAAUCAAGAGCGUACUGGCAGAAAGAGCCAAAGAUCACACUAACGAAUGGAGGCAGUUUCUCCGUAACGUACAUGAAACAACAACACAGACGCCGACUGAGCAGAAAGAGGACAGAGGGACAUCACCAGAGAAUGUAAGCCCCAGUAGCACUAGCUGUAGCAAGGCAGGAAGUAGUAGUGAGCUUCGAACACCAGAGAGACAUCAACUGAGAAACAAGCAGAUAUCUAAGGUCCUCCGUACCGAGAAGCAGCAACGAUCAAAACUACACAAAGAACGAUAUCAAGCAGAGCAGUGCCCUACUUGUGGUCUCAAGUUUUCUAAAAAGACUGACCGUCGGGUCAUCGAGGAGCACAUUGUCUUUCAUGACAAAAUGAAAUGUUAAACGAUGCUCUGAAUACCUUUCCAAUCUCAUUAAUGGCCCCACCCUCGCAAAUGUGACAAAAUGGACAAGAACUUUAGACACUACUGGCCGUAAGCGGAAACCAUUGUUUUUCGUCUUGAAACCGUUUAAUAACAGUAGCUCACUAUUUUGACAGUUUUAUAUUUUAGUUCCUUUUUUCUUUUGGAAAAGUAUACGGACACGUUAAACCAGCUUGUUUCUACUUUCUUCUUGUAAGAAACCAUUUACAAAUUCACUUUUUGUUACCUUUCUUUCAUUUCUGAAUGCUUUCUUUCCUUUCUGCAAUUUUAAAACUUAUCCGAAACAAGUUCUACAUUCCUUCAGAUUUUUGUAUAAUAUUCAGAAAGAUUCACAUUAUCACUCUGUAUGUAUCAACCCCACCAAUAAAAUUCUUUAAAAUAUA